CGAGUUUUUCACUUUUUAUCCUUUUUAUGGAAUCGAACAAAUUUCAAAAUUUCAAGUGCGGUGAAAAAUUGGCUUAAUUAUCUAAUCCGGAAUGUUAUGAAUAGUGAAAACCGUUCGAGAUAACAUAGGCGAGAAGGUGGUAAUUGAAUUCUACUCGUAAAAAGCUGGAAUUAUCACAAAUCCUUAUCGAAAAUUGAUCGCGAUUGUGAGGAAAAAAAACAGUGUCAUGAUUUCGUCACUCGAACCACGACAUUUACGAAGGAGCACUGCUAACAGGACAGCAAACAUCCAACAAUACCAGCUUUUGCCGGCAUUGAUUCUGGCCUCCUUGCUGAUGCUGAUAGGAUCGGUCUCGACCGCCGUUGAUCUAAAUGGUCCAACCGUAGCGGUUGGGUUGGAAUCCGAUGACCAUUCCUCUCCAACAAGCAGACAGCGAAGUCAGGAUUCAAGCAAACAACAACAGCAGCAACAAUCGAUGGUUCAAUCGCUGGAAGGAAAAUUAUGUCCACGCAUGAUGAGGCAUGUUUUCGAUGGAUUCGCUCCCAUUGGAAACAGCAAAGCUGGAAACUAUUCGGAAUACCCACAAGCUCUAGUGCUCAACUCCUGCGUUGAAGGCUGUUGCUCUAAAGGAGAAAACUGCACCGCGGCGUUCAUGUUCAAUCGAACAUGCUACCACGUUAAAUGUUGGAGCAGCGAGCUUUGUAUCCCUGUCAAAAAGGCCAAUCUGGCUGCCAAGCUGAAAAUGAUGCUGGUAAACCCUGUAGGUGAUGACAGCCGAACGUGGCCAGAAAUCCUCGACAACGCAGUGCCUCAAGAACAAAGACUAGUCGAACCCGAUCUGGAACAAUUUGAUGGGAGCAUCAUGAACAAGCUUAAAACUAUGUAUAACUUAGAGCGAAAUCGGGAAGAACUUUCGGAAAGGAUCUACGAAAUGCCCCUGGAGAAGCAGGUGGAAUAUGAACUGGGGAAGUAUCCUACAUCUUAUAUUUAUGGUGACGAUCCAAUGAUGGCUGAAUCAAAAUUUUAUCCGGAACAGAAAUGUGUUGUGGGAAUUGAUAACUCCUGUCCUGAACACGAGACAUGUGUAGGUUCGUCAAAAACUUUUGAAGGAAUAUGUGAUUGUGUUGAACACUACACGCGAAAUAGCGAACAAAUCUGCGUUAGAGUAGAAAGUCUUCAAACGUACGACAUGCCUCAAACGUUAACAGCACAAAAAUUGAUCAUGAACAACAUUCACAGUGAAGCUGGUGAAAUAGAAGAGGAAAAUCCGGUCCAUGCCCCACCUAAGAACUUGACCGUUUCCGUGCUUUCAAAAGAUAUUCGUCUACCAAAUAAUGAAGCAAUCCUGACAGCCUUCGUGAUACCGGACGAAGCGACCAGUCAAGAUAAGUACACAUACUCUUGGUCGUUGAUCUCACAACCGUCAAAAGGGGAAAGUAACGCCACAAUCACGGAUCAAACCAAACCUCAAGCUAAGCUUUCCAAACUCACUGACGGCCUCUAUCGAUUCAAGGUCACCGUCACCGGUCAGAAAGGUUACGGCGAAGCUUACCCAAACAUUACAGUUCUCCCGGAGCAGAAAAUUAACAAACCACCAGAUGUCGUAAUUACUCCAACGGAGCAAAUCGUUAAGCUUCCCAACAAAAAAGCCAUCCUAGACGGGAGUGCCUCAACGGAUGACGACAAAAUAAUUUCUUGGCAAUGGGAACUGGUGCAGGGCCCACUCGGCUAUCAACCGGAGUUGCCUGCCGUUAGUACACUUCAGCUGAAUGAUCUGGAAAUGCCCGGAAAGUACACUUUCAAAUUAACCGUGAUCGAUUCGGAGAAGCUUUCCAACAGCACAACGGCCACAAUAGAAGUGCUAAAGGAGAUCGACUACCCACCAGAAGCGAACGCCGGUCAGAAUGUGAUUGUGUACCUUCCCCAAAACAACGUUACUUUAAACGGUUCACUCAGCAAGGACGACCACGGUAUCGUAGCCUGGGAGUGGACUAAGGACAGCAAAGAUCAAUCGAAAGCGGUGGAUAUGCAAAACACACGGACACCCUACUUGAAGCUGUCCAACCUGGAAGAAGGCGUUUAUGUGUUCGAACUGAAAGUAACCGACGGAAACAACCAGAGCAGCACUUCGACGGUGCAUGUGUUCGUGAAAGUGCCCACCAACAUGCCGCCGGUGGCUAACGCGGGCGCCAAUUUUACGCUGAAUCUUCCGCAAAACUGGGCAACGCUGAAUGGAAGUGAAUCGAAGGAUGAUUUGCGAAUCACCAGUUGGUACUGGCGGCAAGUUAGUGGACCGAAAACCGCGACGAUCCUGAACGGUAACAGCUCGAUUGCCAACGCUACAUUACUGACGAUCGGUGACUACAUCUUUGAGUUAACCGUCACGGACGAGGUAAACAACAGCGAUACCAGCCGAGUGAAGGUCACAGUCGUCCAGGAACGAAACACUGCUCCGGAAGCAAAUGCUGGUGGGGACCAAAGCGUUACCUUGCCAACGAAUGCAAUUGUCCUCAAUGGUACCCGAUCCAACGAUGAUCUGGGAAUCGCAAACUUCAGCUGGACGCGAGAGCCCGGUAGUCUAGCCAUUGGGACUAUUGUAGAUGACAGUGAUCGGAAAUCGGUUUUAAUCCUCACGGACAUAGUCCCUGGACGGUAUGUAUUUAAACUAACCGUCACCGAUGGUCAGGGUCUGUCCGGUUCCGACACGGUCAGUGUUAUCGUUCACCCGGAUCCGCUCGUUUUGAGCUUGGUGGAAUUGACUCUUACUAUGGAAGCCACCGUGCUCACACAAUCGGAGUUGGAUUCACUACAGCAGAAACUGGUCCUCCUCAUUGGCGACAACACCGCUAAGUUGCACGUUCGUGAUUUGAAGAUCGAGCACAAAACCGGACAAGUUGUCAUAAUAUUUUACGUAGAGAAACACGAAAAGGACGAAUCGGAAAUCAUCCCGGCCCUGGAGGUGGAAAAAAUUCUUAAGGAAAAGUUCUGGCGUGACUAUGGUAUCUUAGGAACGUCGGUUGCUGGUAUCCGGACCGCCAUAUGCCAGAACGAUUGCUCCGGCCACGGCGUAUGCAACGCAGAGACGCGAGACUGCAUGUGCCAAAGCUUCUGGAUGCCGGAUAUAUUUUUCUUCUGGGGUGUGGCCGAAGCUAAUUGCGAUUGGUCCAUCCUGUAUGUGAUCAUUGGUGUGUUCAUCGUGUUCCUAAUACUGUCCGGCAUUUGCUGGGGAAUUACAUGCCUAUGCCGGCGAUCGACUAAACCGCGCACAAGAAGCAAAACUCAAAAAUAUUCACUACUCGGAACACAGGACGACGAAUUACCAUCAUUCACCCGCACAGGAACAACGUUGUCCGACUCGGAAACUGACUCGGACGUUUUGUUCGAGAGUCGCUCCAAGCAAAAUGGCAUUCCACCGGGGAGGGUGAAGUUAGCCAACGGGGACAUCCGGAAUGGACACACCAAGUACAACACGACGCGUCUUGGUCGGCGAAUUAAAACCUAAACGGGAUGAUCCCUGAAGCGCGUGGAGCGUUAAUUGCCGUACUGAGAAACAAUAACAAAACUGUUUCCCUGUUUUGUGAGAAAGUCUUUGAAAAAGAUUUGUUGGUAAAAUUUGCAGUUUGUUUUGCGAUCAUUAAUAUGCAUGCUUUUAAUAUCUAUUAAUAAGUAAGAUCUAGAAUGUUGCAGAAGAAGAUUAUUCAGUAUAAAGAUAAGUAGAGCAUGGCUUUUUAUAUACAGUAUGUUGUGAGGAUUAGUUGUAAUUUCUGUUAUUUAAUUUUAUUUUUAUUAUUUCAAAUAUCUUAUUUACCACACACUAUUGCAGGUACGAUACAAAGUGAUUUAGUCUUAACAGACGUCAACUAAUGAUAAAAUGUGAUUUUGAGAGCCAUCGAGUAGUUGUAAUUUAUGUUUUGCUAAUACAUAAAUAUAUGAAACAGUUAUCAUUGCAAAUAGUCGAACUUUAGAACUAGAGCAACAUCAUUAGCAUUUUUUUUUUAAAUCGAGUGAUCGGAAACAUUCCAUCUUUCGUAGUGAUUGAAGACCGUACUACAUUUCACCAUGGAUUUUUUUUUAUUAAAUUAUAAUAAAUACAUCAUUUCAAGACUGCAAGUAAUCAACUAAUCGUAAGCAAAGAAAUCAUUGGUUUCUUAAAGAUGCAUGGAAAAGAUUUUAGAUUGAUUUGCAUAAUAAAUAUAGUUCUAGUCCAAACUAAGUUUGAAGCGUAAAAAAUAUAAAUAUUUUAUGUACGAAUUAAUAGUGUAACAUACAAAUAAUUUUAUACCUUAACCAUAAGAUGUGUAAUAAUUUGCUAUUUUCAUGUUGCGCUAUAUUGGGUAUUUUACCCCUUAAUUGGGUUGUAUAAAUACGAUUCCCACUCUCUAAAGCCAAUACCCAGUUUACCACUAUAUGUACUUAAUUUAGAAAAGCAAAAUAGCUGGAAAUGGCUAAAUAAGUGAGGAAAAAACUGCUAGUAUUAUUAUACAACUACCGACACCUAACAAAUUGAACGAUAAUAAAAAAAACAUAUUUUGAGAAAUAAAUAAAAACGUGAUCAAAUAC